UAUUGCAAAACCAGGCCUCCUAGACUUCCAACAACGCGAACAUCAGUUCUGAGCUCGCGAACUACGUUCCUUGCGCUCGAACCACGAUUCUCAUGUCGCAAACGAGAAUUCUUUAGUCGCGCACCACCAUUUCCUCGGUCCCGAACAUAUUUCUCCACUCGCGAACAGAAAUCAACUGUCAGAACAAACAUAAGGACAACUGGCAUUGGCCAUGGACAAUGCCAUGAUCCCCAUCAAACCCUACACAGAUACUAUACAACGGUACUAGAAAAAGAAGAAGGUAAAUUAAAUAAACAGUUGAAGGAUGCUGUGAAAGAAGACCUAGUCCGCUUUCAUAUUGCUGUUGACUUGUACAAUGCUUCACAAUCCAGAAGAACUGUUCCAACGGAUGACUCACAGUGCUACCCAUAA